CAUUUCAAUGCCGAACUCCUCUCUCCCCAGAGCAGACUCACAAAUUUCAACUUUCUCGGUCCAUAUCACAUCCUUCCUUCUCCCUUUCUGUCUUCGUUCUAAAAUUCAAAAGAAGAAAGAGCCUCAAGAGCAUCUUUCGGGCACCGCAGAGAGGUUACGGGGCACAGGUCUAUUGAAGGAAACAUAUAGGUUCAAGCAGCACAACAAUGGUGGACGUGGACCGGAGGAUGGCCGGUCUAAACCCGGCUCACAUUGCCGGUCUCCGGCGCCUUUCCGCUCGAGCGGCUUCCGUUUCUGCCACAACCGCCUCCUCCCUUCCCGUGCGUAAUGGUCUUCUCUCGUUCUCUUCUCUAGCCGACAAAGUCAUAACCCACCUCCGCAACUCAGGCAUACCGGUGCAACGAGGUCUCUCUGACGCAGAGUUUGCUCGUGCCGAGGCUGAAUUUGGGUUUGUAUUUCCUCCAGACCUUCGUGCUGUUCUCGCCGCCGGCCUCCCUGUCGGUCCCGGUUUCCCUGACUGGCGCUCAGCCGGAGCUCGUCUCCACCUCCGUGCUACGCUGGACCUCCCAAUCGCCGCGAUUUCUUUUCAGAUUGCCAGAAACACUCUCUGGUCCAAGACAUGGGGCCCCAGACCAUCCGAGCCUGAAAAGGCAUUGCAGGUCGCUAGAAAUGCGCUGAAGAGAGCCCCUCUUUUGAUACCCGUCUUCAACCACUGCUACAUUCCCUGUAACCCCACCCUAGCAGGCAACCCAAUGUUUUUCGUGGACGAGAAUAGCAUCUUCCGCUGCGGUUUGGAUCUCUCGGAUUUUUUCGAGCGCGAGUCCCUAUUCAGGAGUUCGGAAUCCAGUCCUCAUAUGCUGAAAAAACAGAGGUCUGUUGGCGAGAGGUCUGCCGGAUCGUCCAACAAUUUAUCGCGGAGAAGCCUGGAUAUGGGAAUCGUUAGCGGAGGCAGAACGCCGAGGUGGGUGGAGUUUUGGAGCGACGCAGCCAUCGAUAGCCGGAGGAGAAACUCGUCGUCGUCGACAUCGUCUUCACCGGACAGGUUUUUGGACACGCCCCGCUCCAAAAUGCCCAAAUGGGUGGAGGAGUACAUAGGGAAAAUAGGGUCAGUCCUGAGAGAAGGCGGGUGGUGCGAAUCGGAUAUAACUGAAAUGGUGGAGGUAUCGGCAUCGGGACUCUUCCAAGGAGACAUGGUGUUGUUAGAUAAUCAAGCGGUGCUGGAUGCUCUGCUGCUGAAAGCGGACAGGUAUUCGGACUCACUUCGGAAAGCGGGGUGGAGCUCCGAAGAGGUAUCGGACGCUCUAGGAUUCGAUUUUCGACCGGAGAAGGAACGGAAACGUGCUAAGAAGCUGUCGCCUCAGCUAGUCGAGAAAAUCGGUAAACUAGUCGAAUCAGUUUCCCGGUCAUGACAGUCGGUGAACAAAUUUUUGUUAAAACGUACGAAUACUAUAUAGUCUAUAGAUAAAAUAAUAUACUAUGGUGUUAAGGCUAAAGAGGCCUCGGGCUUGCAUUCCCUUCUCUCGGGGUAAAACAUUUUGGGAAACGCGCGUUGUCCUAUGAAAUAAGGUGCCCCAAAUAGAAGGAAGGAUUGGGAAUUACGUGCUCAACCAUUCAUCAUUUGUAGAUGUAAAAAUAGAGAAGUUAUAUAAUUAAUGAGUAAAUGAAAAUAAUUCAAUUAAUCAAUUAUUA